UUGAAUUUAAAUGUUUGACUUCAUGGGUGGAGUCUUUUAUUUUGAAAUAUUUUAGUUUUGAAGUCUCGUGUUGUUUCGUAUUUCAUGCUACUCUUGUUGUCGUCGUCAUCGUCAUCAUCAUCAACAUCGCCCCACCGGACCGAAUGAGGAAGUGAAAGAGACGGUCGUCAAAGACAACGCUGAACGGAGAGUCGGUUGAUGCGGAUAUAAGACGACGAAAAAGAUUUUCGUAAUGGGUUCUUGUGUCUUUCUGUUCACAUACCAAGGUCCUUUUGCUCAGCGAUGGAUCUUGUGACCAUAUGUCUACAGGCAUCCUGCCUAACAUCUUUAUGAGAUUUACAAAGCAACUGUAUUACACUCAUACACACACAAUACACAAGCAUGGCACCAGUCCCACCUGGCAUUCGCUUCCUUGCCUCCUUCAAUAGAGACCAGUGGUACAAGGCCUUCACGUUUGCUCUCACUUUCCUGCUCUACACAAGUUUCCAUCUAUCCAGGAAGCCCAUCAGCAUUGUCAAGAGUGAGCUGCAUAAGAACUGCUCUCAUAUCAUGGAGGUUCCUACAGAGAGUGGCGGGCAGCCUAGACUUCACACAGAACUAGACUGCAGCUGGAAACCAUUUGACAGAAACAACUAUAAGCAGUUGCUCGGAGCAAUGGAUUAUUCUUUCCUGUGUGCUUAUGCCAUAGGCAUGUAUCUCAGUGGAAUCAUUGGAGAGCGUCUGCCCAUUCGUCUGUACCUGACUGUGGGCAUGUUGACCAGUGGUCUUUUCACCUGUCUGUUUGGACUGGGAUACGUCUAUGACAUCCACAGCCUUAGCUUCUAUAUAUUUGUUCAGGUGGCCAAUGGAUUGGUUCAGACCACUGGUUGGCCAAGUGUCGUGACUUGCAUUGGCAACUGGUUUGGCAAGGGCAGGAGAGGCCUCAUCAUGGGUAUCUGGAACUCGCACACAUCGGUGGGCAACAUUCUGGGUUCUUUGAUUGCUGGAUAUUAUGUCUCCUCUAACUGGGGAUUGUCCUUCAUCGUCCCUGGAGUUAUCAUCGCUGUCAUGGGGGUCGUCUGCUUCUUCUUUCUAAUAGAGCACCCUAAUGAUCUGAAGACCGCCAGUACCCAGAGCUCAGCUCCAAGCAAUCAGAAGCUUCAUAAAAGCUGGAAUGGUGUUAAUGGACACAAAGACCUUUACUUGCAGUGCAAGCCAGGAGCUAAAGCACAGAGCUGGGACACCGAGCUUCUGCUGGGGCAGGAGAGCAUUGGCGUGUGUGUUCCCGUGCAGCAGGUGGUGGUGGUGAAGAGUGAGGCAGAGCCGUCACCCAUCAGCUUCAUGGGAGCUUUACGCAUUCCUGGAGUGGUGGAGUUCUCUCUUUGUCUGCUGUUUGCCAAGUUGGUCAGUUAUACAUUCCUCUUCUGGUUGCCCCUCUACAUCACUAAAGCAGCUCACCUAGAUGCCAAGAAAGCUGGAGACCUUUCAACUCUAUUUGAUGUGGGUGGCAUUGUUGGAGGGAUCUUGGCUGGAGUGAUCUCGGAUAAGAUGGGAAAGAGGGCCACCACUUGUGCAGUGAUGCUUCUGCUGGCCGCGCCCACACUCUACGGCUUCUCUAUGAUUAGUCAGUUUGGCUUGGGUCCCACUAUUGGUAUGCUGCUGGUGUGUGGUGGUUUAGUCAACGGCCCGUACUCUCUCAUCACAACAGCUGUCUCUGCUGACUUGGGCACACACAAGAGCCUGAAGGGCAAUGCCAGGGCUCUCUCUACAGUUACAGCUAUUAUAGACGGCACUGGAUCUGUCGGUGCUGCUGUGGGUCCUUUGCUGGCAGGGCUGUUGUCAUCACAAGGCUGGGAUAAAGUCUUUUACAUGCUCAUGACCGCAGACUUUUUUGCACUUUUGCUUUUGCUGAGACUUGUGAUGAAGGAGCUUCGUUCUCAUAGGAGUCGGCCAGGAGCCGCUGUCGAAAUGAAGGAACAUUGAGUACUUUGCACUUUCUGAGCGAGAGAAACAGUGAAGGAUACAAAUGUUCAUCUCUUACCACCAGUUGUUAUUUGACCAUUUCCUACCCUGGACCAAAACUUGACUGAAACCUCAGUUCAUGGACUAUACAAAGAGACAUUUUAUACCCUUUUUCAGAUUAAAAAAACAAACAUCGAUUUAGGGUGACAGCAAAGCAACUUUGAGGAAAUAUUUUCUUACUGAAUAUUUUCCCUCAAGAUCAUAAUGGACAUGCAGUCUGGACCUUGCAGCUCUAAUUGCUUUUGUGCCCGAGCAAAUGAACAUGACUCAAUGUGAGAUCAAGCCUAAAUAUCCCUCCAGUUAAAUAAUGCACAAUUGCACAACCAAAAGUAGCCUCUCUUUGUUGCUAACAAGGGGAUUUCUUAAAUAGAUGCAGUAAAAUUUCUACUUCUAGACCCUGCCGGGCACACAGUGCCUUCAUUAAACACGCAAGACAAAUGUCCCUGUCAACAGUUCAUGAAUCCAUUCUUGCAUGAUUUGAACAGAGCUAUUUAUGUAAGAAUGGUAUAUGAAAAUAUUCAAUAUUUACACCGAAAUUUGAUCUGCUCGUGUUUAAUAAACUAGGCCAUUAGUAUAGCUGGUUAUCAGUUUAUGUAUGUGUAUGUAUGCUAAAUCUAUACUAUAUUAUUAUUCUCAUCUGCCUUUCUAUGAACCAAAGCCAAUCUUGUCAGUCAUUGAGAAAUGUUUUUUAUAUAUUAUUUGAACUGUUCUACGAAUGAUAUGACAUGGAGGUGGAAAAAAUAUGGGAUGGGGGGGAUGCUUUUGUGUUCCCUAGCAAAAGUUUUGGAUGCCCAGAGAAGCCGUCCUUCAGGAAACUUUGUGUUACCUCGCGAAGAACUAAAAAGUUUCGCUACCGAACACAAUGCAAAACAUUUGCGAAAGAACGCGAAAGCAUAUCAACAUAGAAUUUUUUUCUUCCCAUCUCAAAAUAUUUUUCAUCGCCAUGAACCAUAUGUGGUUCUGUUGUCUUACUGUGGUGACGUCAAAGGUUCUUAUACUGUGUUUGUAAAGGAGAUCCACUAGGUGAUUCAGCCAUAUGACAAAUUAUUAUUGUUAUUUUUUUCUAUAUUUAUUUAUUUUUUUGCUAUGAGAUCAGGGAUGUCCAAUCCUGCUUCUGUCCUGCAGAGUUUAGCUCUAACUUGCCAGAACACACCUGACUGGAAGUUUCUAGCAACCCAGGUAAGAACUUAAUUUGUUCAGGUGUGUUUAAUUGGGGUUGGAGUUGAACUCUGCAGGACACAGGACCGAGUUUGGACACCCCUGAAUCAGAGACAUUCACUGCUGGCCUGUGACUUAUUGAAUAAUCACUAUGUUAUGAGUUAUUAUUAUUAUGAAAAAAAAUAAUAAUUUGUUUUUAUCUGACCACUGGUUACUAUACAUUCAUAUACAAACAUAAUUCAAGCUGUUCUAUAUGAAUAAUACAAUAUAUAUCAACAUUCUUAUUUGUUUUUUUAAUCUGUAGGAUAAAGUGUUAGAUAUUUAAAAGCACUUCUGUUGUCAGGUUCAACAUGUUCACAUCAACGUUCACGUCUGUAUGAUAUAAAUCAGUGUGAGCGAACCAAAAGAGUCUCCUUGACUGUAAUUGUAUGUGCGCAUUUAGGACCCGCACCUGCCUCUGCAGCUAUAAUUAUUUAAAGUGUCUAUUUGAAAACUGUGGUAUUGUGUCAUUCUGCAGAGCUAGAGGCACAUGUAGAUGUUUGCUGUAAAGCUGGACCUCUUACGUAAUCAUGCGUUUAGCACGUGUGCAUUUGACCUUAUAGGACAACAUACUCUAGGUGAUUGAAUGUAUCUAUAUAAUUUAUGGGUAGUACCUUGUUGUAAUGAGAGAGAACACAUUGUGCCUUUUUUUUCUAUUUGCUUUUUUUUUUUUUUUUUUGUAUGGGGAUUUGUCUUUUGGAGUGUUCAUUUUUAAGUUAUUGACAGCUAAUUUUCAGAAUCCUGUGGAACAAAUUUGGGAAUUAUCUGUAUUAUGUUGCUGUGUGUACACAUAGGAUAUUUUGAAUAAAGCAGACACAAGGCAUGAAA